GUAGAUAUUUGGGCAAUUUCUCUCUAUAUCGUCUUCCUUCUUUAGUGGGUCAACAUGCCUAGCAACAUGUCAGAUGCGCCGGCUCUGCGUGGCGCCAAUGGCAUUACCCAAGCUCAUAGAGAUGGAGAUCGAGAAAUGCAGGAAACCCCUCGUGCGAUACAGCCCAGCAUUAGCAGCAGGCAGAACAAAGACAACUACACUCCGACUCUUCAGACUUUGAAAGAUUUCCUUGCAACAUGUCACACCCUAAAUCAAGCCACUAAAGCUUUUCUCGACACUCCUCCCCGACGGCAAGAUACGCUGCCUUCACUUCAGGGCAAAGUAUACCCGCAAAAGAUUGUCAAAUCCACAAAUUUCAUGGAGAAGCAAAUGGAAGUCUGGCAGCUAUUGCUGAGAGACGCAACAUCUAGCCUGCAACAGACUAUUUUCCCGUCCGCGGAACAAGUCCACGAUAAAUUCUUCGUCGUGGAGACUGUUGCCGGUGAAAAGAGGCUUUGCCCCUUUGAUCGACUUGGUGUUUCGGCUACUGUCCUGACUCUCGUUCGCCAGGUGUUGGGUGACCAAGCACUUAGGGAGACUGUCGGCAUAGGAGGAAAGGUUGGCUAUACUUCAGCGGGAAGAUGCUCUUUCUUGGGAGUUCCCACUGAACCACAGUAUCAUGACGAUCCCUAUGAGGACGAAAGAUACCGUGGCCUCAGCAUUUUCUCUAAUAUCAACAAUGGCCGCCCUCUUUCUGUUGUGGCAAUUGAAUACAGGCCAAAAGAUUUCUCUCUGGAUUCAAGCAUGCUUGCAGCCUUGGAGGAUGGGGUUGUCCCGACAUGGGGUAAUAACGGCGAUAGUUCUUCGCCGGCCGGAGUCAUCACAACCAUGAUUGCUCAUUUGUUCAACUACAUGGUCGAAUCGGGAGUGAACUACGGCUACCUUUACUCCAUAGAAGGAAUUAUUUUCUUGGAAAUCCAAAAAGACCCGUCCAUCGUUCACUACUUUGUCAGCCUCCCCAGAGACGAGGUGGAUAACCACAUCGAAUCAACGAUGCCUUAUUCGGCCGUUUCGCAAAUUUGUGCCUUUGUCAUUCGGGCUGUGCGUGCAAAAUCAAGCUGUAUGAAGCGAAAUGAUCAAGCCGAUGGGCUUGCUGCUUGGAAGAACGAAAUCGUAGGUCGAGAGAACAACAUUGACAAGAUAGCCAUGCAGCUUCAGCAGUGGGGAAAUCCAAACGUCUCAUCCGUCGCAGGCCACGAGAAUCAGGAGAAGAUGGAUACCGAUGCUGACACCAACGAAGAUGAAAUUGAUAACGAGUCAUACGACAAGUUCGACGUUGAGAUUAGCGAAGAGACCUCUAUGAAUAUUGAAAUCAAGAUGGACUCUGAUCUUAUGGAAGAGGACCUACCAGCUGCUGGCGCUGCCCCAUUGGAUCAACAACAAGAUCAAAUGGAAGGUCUAACGUCACAGCACGAACAUUCUAUUCAAAAUGACGAAGAGGAAGAAGACAAAGAAAACCAAAACGAGAACGGCCAAGAUAUUACGCCGGUCAACGAUGACUAUGAUGAUGAGAUGCAUGAAGGCAAAGAUGUUGUUGACAAUGUUGACCUUGAAAACAACAAAAACGACGACCAAAUCUUAUGCAUCACAAAAGAUCGUGUCAAAUCUAUUGAUUCUAAAAAGCGCGAAGAUACAUACUGCACGCACAAAUGCCUCUUGGGAGUAGCGAACGGUACGCCUUUGGACCAGGCAUGCCCCAAUUUCCGUUUUCACGGAACCAAGCACAUCAGCAAGGACGAGUUUUUGGAGCGACUCAAAGAUCAGCUUUCCCGAGCAGGAGAGGCAAAUGCUCACUGCUCCCCCUUGGAACUAUGGGGCUCUAUCGGGACUUUGUUCAAGGUGACGCUUGUUGGCUAUGGCUAUACGUUUGUGACCAAAGCCACCCUGCGAGCGAACUGGGUUUAUCUGCACCGCGAAGGCGAAAUGUACGGCAUGCUAAAGGAUAUCCAAGGUUCUUGCAUACCGGUCUGUCUCGGAAUCGUAAGAGUAGAUCCGGAAUUUUGGCAUGAACACAGGCUCCUCAGCCAGUUCAUGGUGCUUAGCUGGGCUGGGCUGCCAGUAUAUGAGAACUUCGACGAGGGGGAGAAGAGUUUGUUUGGUAACUCCGUCUUCAGAGCUUAUAGUGAACUGCACAGGGCUGGGCUGCAGCACCGGGAUGCGGAUCUAUCAAACAUGCUGUACAAUCCCCAGCUGGGCCGAAUCAUGAUUGUGGAUUUUCACGGGGCCCGCUUCCACCCUGAUAGCUUAGCCGGUUUUGAUGCGGACGGUAAUGAUAUGGCUAAACAAUCAGAAGAUGAUGGCGAAGAUGAUGACGAGGGAGUUCCGUAUCAGGCUGAUGGCAGCGUCAGCAAAAAUGGCGCCAGCGGCGAUGGCAGCAGUAACGCUAACGCGAGCGAAACCCUCCAACAAAGCGUCGACAAGGCUGAGUGCUUGCGCAAGGAGUUUGAAGAGGAGUGCAGGCGAGAACUCAUACACGCAGUCAAUCUCAUGGACUACCUCGUUUGGGGCCUUCAUGGUCGAAGAAGUUGACUAGGUGGCAUUACAUAUGGCUUUUUCAUGGAAACGGGAUACCCAGAGUAUGGAAAUUCGUGCUUUGAGACGCGAUCAAUCUAGCAAAAUAAAGGGUGGCUUUAAAAGA